AUGAGCGCUGGCAGAGAAGCCGCAUCGCAACUAAGUCCUGCAUGCCGCGUUCUCCCAGCAACUACUUCAGAUGUAAUAACGACCAUAAACACUGUUCGGGAAACGGGAGCCACCUUUGCCGUCAAGUCUGGAGGUCAUUGUUCUUAUGCCUCAGGCAGCAAUGCUGAGGACGGCAUCACUAUUGACCUGAGCCGUCUCAAAGACAUUACCGUCUCCGAAGAUCGAAAGUCCGUCUUCGUUGGAGCUGGCUGUAGGUUUCGUGAGGUUUACAGCAAGUUGGAAGCUUAUGGACUCGGAUGUGUUGGCGGCCGCGUUUCUAGUGUCGGCGUUAGUGGUCUUAUUAUGGGAGGUGGGAUUUCCUUCUUCUCAGCCGAAAGGGGACUUGCUUGCGAUAAUGUCGUAAGCUAUGAGCUUGUUCUCGUUAGUGGUCAGGUCCUCAAUGUCACUCGGGAGUCUCAUCCUGACCUCUUCUGGGGAAUGAGAGGAGCUGGUAUUACUCUCGGCAUUGUCACCCGCCUAGAGUUGAAGACGUUUGACCUCGGAGAAAUCUGGGGCGGCGCCAGCGUAUUCGCCCACGAACACGGGGCCGCCAUCCUUACCUCGUUUGACAAGUCUGUCAAAACGACCAUGGAUCCAUUUGCCGAGGCAUUCCUGCUUAUUAGCGAUAGGGCCAAGGAUGGCAACAGCGUAUACACCAUGGCCAUGUCUCACAGCAGGCCCGCAGUUCAAACCAAGGCUUUCGACGAUUUCAAGACUAUUACUCCUCUUGCCUCUUCGACCCAGAAUCGUACCUUGCUCAGCUUUUGUGACGAAGGGGAUGUUCACAAUGAGCCUGGAUUCAGAUUCUGGACAACCUCGCAAUCGGUAAAAAGCCAUCUAACGACGUUGAAGGAGAUUGCUGCUGUUCAUGAAGAAUCGGUAGCUCUUCUGAAAGACUGUGAUGGGUUCUCGCCCACUCUCCUGUACCAGCCAUUGGUCAGCGAUAUGCUUCCAAAGGAUGAUAUCGGUAAUGCUCUGGGAAUCACGACGGAGGAUACGCCUUUAAUCAUCGUUGCCCUCCUAUGGAAAUGGAUUGACGCCAAGCAUGAUAAGCCGAUUUCCCAAACGGCUGAUGACUUUAUGAACAAGGUUGAACGAGUCGCCAGGGCUCAUGGCACAUUCCAUAGGUACCAAUAUCUCAACUAUGCGGCCAGGCACCAGGAUGUCUAUGGGGGAUAUGGAGAGGAAAAUCGGAAGCGUCUUCGCGAACUCCAAGCCAAGUAUGACCCCGAAGAUCUGAUGUCAAAGCUCCGUCCUGGCAUUAUCCAGUUGUCAGGGCCGCGAAGAACAUGA